AUGGCAACAACAUGCGCCGCGACCACAGCAAAACCCCCUGCUUCUUAUCUGCUUCCUGGCAAGACUCGCCCAGUAGCAAAGCCAGCCCCAAAGCCAGAGCCUACGAAGGCCAAACCAGCAAAAUCGUUGGUCAAGGCAGAAGCAGCAAAGCCAUCUGCCGCACUGUCUGCGUCAGAAUCUAGAGGUAGUGACAAGGUGUUGAGACUCCCCGAAAAUCGUCAUCUGGACCCGUCGUCCGAACUUUCAAGCCCGCCUCACUUUUGCGCUGGCACUUUUAAACUUCCAUGGCUUGAAGUACUUUUCUUCUCUAAGGCCGCUGCCGCCAAGAAGGAUGAGUCUUCUGACUCAUCCUCUUCCGAGUCCUCUUCCGAGUCUUCUUCCGAUUCUAGUUCGGACUCUUCUUCCUCCGACUCUUCUUCUGAUUCCUCUUCCGAUUCGGAUUCGAGCUCUUCUUCCAAAUCUGACUCCUCUUCCGACUCUUCGUCUGAUUCCGACUCCAGCUCGGACUCCGACUCUGACUCUUCUGAGUCUGAGGCUGAGAAGAAGGAAGUCAAGAAGGAAGCCAAGAAGGCUACCAAGUCUGACAGUUCCUCGAGCGACAGGUCUUCCAGCGAUUCUUCGAGCCGGGCGCGGCCUGGCGUCUUCGGCAGUACCGGCCUGAACGUCGGCUGCAUUCCUCCCUCCACUUGCAAGAAGUUCGGACAACAGUUUCAAUGUUCAAAUCGUUGCCCACAAAAAGGUGGCCAUCUCAACAACUCCCAUCUCUACCACCAGAUGCUCCACGACUCGAAACAUCGCGGUAUUGAUGUCGGCGAUGUCAAGCUCAACCAUCACGGGCGCCAGUUUCAGCCACCCAGCCAGCCGACAUAUUGCCUGCUCCAUCUCGACCGACGGCACAGCUAA